AUGAUUUAGAGUUGUAAAUGUGAAGAUGGUGGUUAAAAAAUUAUUGGGGUUUGUACUGCAUUAAAUUGCUAAUCUAAAAGAGCAUCAUGUGUUGAAUGUUUGAAAUAAUUACAUUUACAACAUGCUAAUAAAUUUUUAGAUUUAAAAAAAUUAUAAGUAUUUUAGGAAGACUAAAUGAAAACUUUUAGUUAUUUAAAAAAACUUUAAAAUGACUUUAAUAGAUUAAAAUCAAUUUUGGAUAAUUUUAUUGUAAGUCUUAAUAUAGAAGCACAUGAAAAAAAUAUUGAAUGUUAAACAAUAUCACAAUUAAACUCAUUAACCGAUAAAUUAGUAAAGUUAAAUUAUAUAGAAUAAUCUGGAUAUCUAAUUAAAUCCUUUUAAAAUCUAAUUUAAAAUAUGGAAGAUGCAAAAAAUAAUAUCUAAAGAUUAAAGAUUGAAUAUACAUUGAAUGAAUUUAUAUCUCCAUCUCAAAAUAUUUGUAUAUCUGUCAAUUCCUCUUAAUUAUAAAUGUAAAUCAUUCUAAGUUUAUAUAGGUAAUAAAAAAAUAUGAAUACCUUAGUAAUAAAAGAAAAAAUACGAUUUUCAUAAUAAUACAAGACUGAUAACAUUGUUCUUAAGGAUUAAGAAACUAUGGUAUAAACUACAGAUGAUAAAUUUGGUUGGGUUUUAUGUGAGCCUGGAAUUAUUUAAAAUUAAUUUGUAAAAAAUUUUGCUUUUGAGAUUUCAAAAAAUGAUUGGUUAGCAAUAGGAAUUUGUCAUAAAGAUUAAUUCCUUAAAUAAAAAGGUAAUUUUGAUAUUUGGGACAAUAACAAUCAUGGGUAGAAAAUUUAUUUAUAAAUAAUUUAGAUGUUAUCUUAUUGAUUAGUCUGGAAAGGUUUUUUCUCAAUUAAAAAUAGAAGAGAAUAAUAAAUCCAAAAAUUUUAAGAUCAAUAAUUAAGAUAUUAUUAUUAUUAUAGUUGAUAAAACUAAUAAAAAAAUUUAAUGGAUAAAUUAAACAUAAAAUACUUAAUUAUGGGUAACAAUUAUUCAAAUUAUUAUAGAUUAUGGAAUUUGAUGCUAGUUAAGACUUUUAUCCUGUUGUUUGUUUACGUAAAUCUAGCAUAAAAGUUAUUGAUUUAAAGUGA